CCCAAUGUCCCUGAUGUCCUCCACGUCCAUCACAUCCCUAAUGUCCUCCAUGACCUGCAUGUCCCCCAUGUCCCUGAUGUCCCCUACAUCUCCAUUGUCCCCCAUGUCCCUGAUGUCCUCCACGUCCAUCACAUCCCUAAUGUCCCCCCGUGUCCCCCAUGUCCCCCACGUCCCCCGUGUCCCCGAUGUCCCCCUGACGGUGUUGGCUCCCCGCAGAAGCUGGAGGGUUCCCGGUGCCGGGGGCAGCUCCUCAUCUUCGGGGCCACCAACUGGGACCUGAUCGGCCGCAAAGAAGUGCCUAAGCAGCAAGUUGCAUAUCGUAAUCUGGGCCAGAACUUGUGGGGGCCGCACAGGUACGGGUGUCUCUCAGGUAUUCAGGUGCGGAGCGUGGUGUCGGGACCCUGCGCUGCGCACAGCCUGCUCAUCACCGCCGAGGGCAAGCUCUGGAGUUGGGGUCGCAAUGAAAAAGGGCAGCUGGGCCACGGGGACACGAAGCGGGUGGAAGCGCCGAAGCUCAUCGAGGUGUUGGGGGGUGAAGCCAUCGUGCUGGCAGCCUGCGGCCGGAACCUUGCAGAGAGUGGCUCAGUGUUUGCCUUCGGGGAGAAUAAAAUGGGGCAGCUGGGGUUAGGGAACCAGACCGACGCCGUACCCAGCCCUACACAGAUCAUGUACAACGGGCAGCCCAUCACCAAGCUGGCCUGCGGGGCCGAAUUCAGCAUGAUCAUGGAUUGCAAAGGAAACCUCUACUCCUUUGGGUGCCCCGAGUACGGGCAGCUGGGGCAUAAUUCGGAUGGGAAGUUCAUCGCCCGGGCGCAGCGGAUAGAGUACGACUGCGAGCUGGUGCCGCGCCGCGUGGCCAUCUUCAUCGAGAAGACCAAAGAUGGGCAGAUCCUGCCCGUCCCCAACGUGGUGGUGCGGGACGUGGCGUGCGGGGCCAACCACACGCUCGUCCUGGACUCGCAGAAGCGCGUUUUCUCCUGGGGGUUUGGGGGUUACGGGCGGCUGGGCCACGCCGAGCAGAAGGACGAGAUGGUGCCUCGGCUGGUCAAGCUCUUCGACUUCCCGGGGCGCGGGGCGGCGCAGAUCUACGCCGGCUACACAUGUUCCUUCGCCGUCAGCGAGACAGGCGGCUUGUUUUUUUGGGGUGCCACCAACACCUCCCGGGAGUCCACCAUGUACCCCAAAGCUGUGCAGGACCUCUGCGGCUGGAAAAUCCGCAGCCUGGCCUGUGGGAAGAGCAGCAUCAUCGUGGCAGCGGAUGAGAGCACCAUCAGCUGGGGCCCCUCUCCCACCUUCGGGGAGCUGGGCUAUGGGGACCACAAGCCCAAGUCCUCGACAGCCGCCCAGGAGGUGAAGACCCUGGAUGGGAUCUACACGGAGCAGGUGGCCAUGGGCUAUGCCCACUCGCUGGUGAUCGCCCGCGACGAGACCGACGCCGAAAAAGAGAAACUCCGCAAGCUGCCCGAGUACAACCCCCGCACCAUCUGAGGGGCUCCCCCCCCCGCCGGGACCCCCCCAAAACCCCGCUUUUCCAAGCCAGCCGUGGUUUUAACUACCUGUUCUCCCAUUUCCAAAGCCUUGGGGGGGGGUUUAUUUUGCCCCCUCUUCCCCUCCCCACGGCUUUUUGAGUUCCCAACCGUAGCAGGAUCUUUUGGCACAUCCAGGCUUGUUUUUUGGGGGUUGUUUUUUUAAUUGUUUUAAUUUUAUUUGUAUUUUUCUGCAUCACUUUUUAUUAUUUCCCCUUUUUCUAGCCACAAAUGCCCCCAGCUGUGGGCUCGGGGUAAAUUUGGGGACCUGAAAAGCAGCUGCAAAAACACCUCUUUUCCCCCAAUAUUCCAAUUUUUUUGGCAUUUUUCCCAAAUACCCCCCAUUUUGGGUGCUGUAGUUUUGGGGGUUCCCCCCCUCCUCCAGCAUCCCUUUUCCCAGCCGGAUUCAGGAUAUGGAUGUUAUCCCACAUCCCCCAAGGGCCAAACCCCUCCCCAGCAUCAUUUUGGGGCUCCCCUCCCCGCUAUCCCAGCCCUCGCCCACCCCAGGGAGAUCUCAGGUAUGAAGAGGGGAGCCCGAAAGCAUCACGUAAGCUUUUUCUUGGAAUUAUUCUUAAUUUGUUUUUUAACUAUUAUUAAUUAUUUCCGCCUGGUAUCAGCCCAAAGUCCCUCCUACAACGCUGUGCACUGUGCUGGAGAAACGAGGUGCCUUUUAGAGCAGAGCCCAGCUCUGCCUCCAUGCAACCCAAGGGUGACUUUUUUUUUUUUAAAUUUUUAUCUUUGAAUUUGUAGGGUUUAUUCUGAAUUUUUAAUAUUUUUUUGUAAGUCCUUUCCACUCCCCCCCCGAGGGGUCGCGCUGGGUGCUUGGGGGGUGGCGUUUGCCACAUUCGCACCCAUUUGGGGAGUUUUGCAGUAAAAAAAAAAAAAAAGGGUUUGGGUUUUUUUUUCAUUUGAGUUGGGGUUGGGGGAUAUUUUGGGGUUUUUCGGGGGUGUGUUAGAAAUAUCCAGGACAGGGAGAGCAGCUGGGUGGAAAAGUCAAAUAUUCUGCUUUUUUAGCAAUACUAGUUUUUUGGGGGUUGUGGUAUGAGCAGAUGCUGCAACCCCAAUAAAACGGGGUGGAAAAAAAAUCACCAAAAACCCACUUUUACCCCUCAAAAAAAGCAUCAUUUCGGUUCAUCCUGCCCGCCAGCAAAGUAUUUUUAGCCUGAUGAAACUUCUCCCACCUUGGCUGCCACGUGCUGGCUGCGGGCAAGGGAAGGAGGAAGCUCGAGGAAGAAAAUAAUCCAAAACCACGAGGAUCUCAAAACAACUUGUCCUUUAGCAAAGAGGGUCCUGGGUUAGUGCUGUAAUUGUCUUCUUCAUGGUUUUUUUUUUUUUAUAUUUCUUGGAGUAAAUGUUAAAAUAAACGACGUCAUUGUGUAA